GAUAAUUUAGUCAUUUUCAGCCGCCAGAGUGCGCUUCGGUAGUCGUUACAAAAAAAGUUUGCCGGAAUGUGUCGAAAAUGAUGAAUUCGGUUUUGCAAUUGAUUAGAACUUUAGUUAAGUUUUAAAUUGAAGUCCUAAAGAUGACUAUAUAAAAUAAGAAUAUUGUGUUGACCCUUGACCGGGUGAAGAGUGGUUUUGAAGUGUAAUAAGUCCUAGGACUUGUGUCAUCUGACUGGUGUUCCUUCAAGAUGGCUCCUCAACCGGAGUACGAUAAGGAACCAAAGGCUCCGGAUAAAAGCAUCACGAACAACUCUUGUGAAGAUUCAAAGAUUCCACACAAUGCAGUAAACGACCAGCAAACACUCCCGGACAGUAAGGCUGCUAGCUCGGCCGCCAGUGCAGAAACUGAGGAGAAGGACAAGCACGUGGAGGCGCUGGACGACGGGCAGCUGCGCGCGCUGCUGGACGAGGCCAUCACCUACAAGUGCCCCAAGGACCGCGAGGGCAAGAGCAACUUGUUCAAGGAGCUGCUCGAAGAAGUAGAACAGGACGAGCAGGCGUGCGAGGCGGCGGCGCGCGUGUGGGGCGCGGGCGGGCGGCGCGGGCGCGGCGCGCGGCGGCGGGCGCUGCCGCACUCCAACUCGCUGCAGGACCUGGUGGCGGCGCUGGCGGCCGAGCCCGUGCGGCGCCGCGUGCAGCCCGCGCCGCCCGUGUCGGCCCGGACGCUGCACGGGGGCAGCCUGCCGUCUGGGGUGGAUACUUCGUUCCUGAGCGAGGAGCCGCGCGCGCCCCGCGGCGUGCAGUACGUGGCCACGGUGCGCUGCGAGAACCCCUCCCCGCUGGCCGAGCGCCGCGUCUCCGCCAGCGACUGCCCCGAGAACGAGCUGACCAACAGACGGAGUAAACUGUCGGCUUUCCCGAUGACGUAUACGGCGCGCGCCACGCUCGAGAUCGGCAGCGGCAGCGUGGGCUCGGGCCGCGCGGUCACCACCACCACCGCGAGCAACCAGGUGGAUUCUGGUAUUCCAUUUAGUUGCAUCACGUCUCCCGAGGUGGUGUCCAGUUGCAGUACGACGUCGUCCGCACCCCAGUCCGCAGUCGCCGUCGACGCCAAGCCGCGCGCAGUGAGCACGAGCAGCUUCAACGGCCUCCCGCUGUCGCGCCCCGGCCACUACGGCGCCACCGGCACCACCAGCACCGACGAGUUCAAGAAGUCUCUGGACGAGAACGGCAACUCGGUGCAGGGCUUCACGUCGCCGCUGUCCGGCUCCGCGCACAAGAAGCCGCGCCGCAAGAAGUCCUCCAAGAACGAGGUGGUGAUCAAGUCGCACCAGAUCGACGGCUACAAGGGCGACAAGGACCUCAACGAGGUGCUGCGCUUCAUCGAGGCCCCGGCGGAGCGGCGCGGCAAGCUGCCCGCGCGCGCCAAGCACGACGACGACAAGAAGAAGCGGCGCAAGGACAAGCCGGCACGCGCCGCCAGCCUCGAGGAGCUGAGCCGCUGCGAGCCGCACGCGCUGCGCCACCGCCGCGCGCCGCCGCCGCCCGCCGCGCCGCGCCGCUCCUGGGGCGACGACGCCGCCUACUACCCGCCGCCCUCGUCGCCCCCGUCGCCCCCGCCCGCGCCCGCCAAGAAGAAGCCCUCCCGCAAGCCCGACGCCGCGCCCGACCCGCCCGCCGACACCACGCUCGAGCUGCUCGACUUCCAGACCGUCACCAAGAAGAAGAAGCCGCGCAAGCGCUUCGACGACGGCGGCGGCGAGGGCGGCGGCGCGCGCGCCCCCCCCGCCUCCCCGCCGCGCCGCAAGUCCGCCCCCCCCUCCGACAAGAGCAACGACUCCAACGACGACAUGGACUCGGUGCACUCGCUGCCGGCCGACCCGCGCCGCCCCGCGUCCUACGCCGACAUCGCGCGCCAGCGGCACAACAUCCCCGACCUCAUCGAGUCGUGCAACUUCUACGGCGAGGAGUGCGCGCCGGCGCCGGCGUACGACGCUCACAGCUACCCGGCGCUGCCGCGCGCGCCCGGCAAGCAGCCCGACGUGGUGGCGGCGCGCCCGGCCGUGGAGCUGCGCCACCCGCCCGCCGCCGACCUGCAGGGCGUCACCUUCGGCUUCGACGUGAACGAGACGCUGCUGCGCGGCGGGCGGCGCCGCUGCGACCUGCUGCUGCACCUGCCGCCGCGCUACCGCCCGCCGCCGCCGCCGCCGCCCGCGCUGCAGCACACAACCGCCGCGCUCGCGGACUACGUCGGAUGUGCCUGGGAAGACAUAAUGAAGCUGGGCAGUACCAAAGUGCGGUACUACGCCGAGUAGAGUCAGUGUUAGUGAAACUGAACACGCAGUAAGUUAUAAAAGAACACCUAGGACUCACUUGUUGAAAUAAUAAGUCGUUGUUGAUGAUGUGAAUAUGUUGAGUGAAGCGGCCGCCACCGGCGUCGCUCCUUGUAAACGUAAAUUUAACACGUAGAUAGAUAAAUUGCUCUCGAAGAUGCUGAAAGUGUCGAAGUGCGGGACUGUGCGUGUGAGAAGGUGGUGAUUUCUGCUUAUUUCCUCGUUUGGUGUAAAUGGAGUACUGAGCCAGCAUCUUCCUGUGAUGAGAUGGACUAGAGGCGGCGUGACGUCACCGCCGCCGACAGUGGAUACGCGACGCGCCGAGUGUUCGCUAUCGUUUGAAAUAUUAUUGUUUUCACUGUGUAAAUAAGAGAGAUUAAUGAGAGCUAUUUUGCGCAUUUAAUUAUUACAAUUGCACAUAAAAAUAUAUAAAAAUCUUAAAAAUAAUGAUUGCUAUAAUGAUAUAAAUAAUAUGAUGUUGUGUUUGGUGUGUGGCGAGCGCCGGCGGAGUGCAUCUGCUAUAAACCAAAUAGCGACCCCCCGCGCCCCGCGCCGCCGCCGGGCGGUCGCGAUAACGUUAUCAUUUUCGUUUGGGUUUACGAGGCGAAUAUAAUUUUGUUUCUGUUGAUAUUUGUUAUGCUUGAGUUUUGUUAUGUAAUCACAAAAAAUAAUACUUUCUCUAACAAGCCGCUUUAAAAUAAACUCAUGUGAAUUUGUUAUGUAUUUUUAAGUUUUAUAUUUUAAAAUGUAAAUAAAAAAAGAAGAUCUUAUAAGCUGUAAUUGGCCAUAAAUGAUGAUAGGAGCGAUACGUGAAAUAAACAAUAAGGCACUUGUACCCUUGUGUGAGCUGACGAGUUGACCAAAAUACAAUAAUGUAUUGUACAUAAUUACAUGAUGUAUAUAUGCAAUUGAGCGCAUAAGCAGCAUUUAUGUAAUAAACCAAUUUCCAUGAGAGGCGAUGCGCCCGACGGACCACAUUCGCUCAGCACCGAGUGUUGGCCGUGAAGCUAGUCGAGUCAGAUACCCAUCAAGAUGCUUUCCGAUUCUCGCCUCUAUUGUGAAGCAAUCACUUGCGACUUGCUUCUUAUGUAUCCAAGCAUAUCCCUAUAUAAUGGCCAUGUGCCUAGCGCCUUCGGACCGGAAAGCAUCUCAAGUCAAAUAUUUUAUUGAUGUAUUUCAAAUGUAAAAUGUUCCAUUUUGUUCCUAUAAGUGUUAGAAUAUACGUCGUGUAUACCUUACCUGCUAUGGUCGUGAGUGCAUUAGUCGUGCAGAAAGAAGGCAAGAGUUGUGCCCAACGGCAAUUAUUUUGGCGUCUAACGGUAUGACGAUAGAAUAGUUUUGCUCUUAGACACCCCUAUAUGCUAGGGCAUUCAUAAAGAUAUGUAUUUCAAUUUGUAGGUAAUUUAAAGACAUUGGCAUAUAUUUACUGGAUAUAGUGUAGCUGUUAAGAGUACAGGUGUAAGUUAUUGUCUAUUCGUAUAAUUGGUUAUGUGAAACUAUUCUAUUGGCUCACCUUCAGACAAAUGUCCAAAAGUCCCUCAAAGAAGUCCAUGGGAUCACCAUCUAGUUCUUGUGGCUUGCACGUCGCCUUGCUACUAUAAUUAAGACUUGAUCAUCAGUAACAUUGAUAAGUAUACACUCACGGUGGCAUUUGUAGACUAACAUGGUGCGCUCUUGUGAAUUUUGUCAAUUUAUUGAGAUACGACCCGACUAUUACAAUAUCGUGCAUUUAGUUCAAGCGAAAUUUGAAUGUGAAUGUUUCAACAAGUAAAGUUGACAGAGAUUUGUCGGUUCACCAUAAAAAGUUUGGGGUUUAUCAUUUCACUUUGAGGCGAUUUGAUAUAAAUCUAUCGACUUGCUGGGUAUACCCUUGAGCAGACUUUCUACGUCAAUGUUUCUGCCAGUGUGUACUUGUCCAUAUUAUUGAUGUGAACAUCUCUUCACAUACCUAUUAUGCAAAAAAUGCAUAUUAUCUACAUACAAUUAUAAUAUUUGUUCUUUUACAAAAAAUGAGUAUUUAAUUAUGUCUGCAUAAAUUACGCUUUCACCUAUUUUAUAUAAGAUAAAAAAAACUACCGUAGUUGUAUUGUAAAUACAGUUCGAUUUGGUGUGCAUUUUAUCAAGGAAAAAGAUAUUUUCCAAAAUAUAAAAUUAUGUUUGUCUGUCUGUACACUGAAAGGUCAUAUCAAUCAAAGGUAUUGAAAUAUUGUUUACUGUUUCUUUCCCUUGUAAAAUAUGUACAUAGAUAUAAUAUGCAGAAAUUUAUUGGACUUUUUUAACGCUCUUAUUCAUAUUAGACAAAGUAGAUGAAAGAUCUCUGGGUGUUGUAUGUUCUGACGUCGCAGUCGCGGGCCAGUGAACGACUGUAGUCGGGCCACACUGGCUCUGAGCGAGCUAUUUCUUUCAUGAUAUAUUGUCUUGCGAUUUAUUUACCUGCUACGUUGUUAUAAGUAUGUAAUGUGGCCGACAAGUGGAGUAAGUCCGUGAGACACCGCGGCCGUCGUGUACCCCGCUGCUUCACUUUGGACUACUAUAGCUUGGCUUUCUUAAAGUUACCGAAAAUUAUUUAUACUGCGUUUGAAUGGCGCGUCACACUAGGUAUCAGCUAAUGCUAGCAUAAGCGUAUCACAUAACCAGCUUGAUUGUAACCGAAAUGGCCUUGCAAGCGUGCUACGUACUUUAAUCAUCGAUUUGGAUGAAAAAAUCCACUCGGAAUAUCGGCCUAGUGUCAACGCGCCAUUGGGCUCCACGAACACCACUCGAGAUCUAAAUUAUAUUAUUGUAUAUUUAAACGAUUGUAAGUAAAGGUAAUUUUGAGUCCAACAAAUAAAUAUUUUGUUUAGGAAUUGGGAGUGAUAUCAAUUUGCUUAGAAAGCUGACAAAGUAAAUGUAUAAAUUAAUGCUGAAACAACUUAUCAAGCAGUCUUAUUUUCUGAACAUCCAUUACGCGAUAUAUUUUAGCUGUACUUCAUAUAUUUUGCUACCAAUUUCGAUUAAGCAAACAAAUUUUUGAUAAGCGUUUUAGAAAGAGUGGAUAGCAUAAAAAUCAGGAAAUAGCCAUGACGCUAGAUAGUGUAGGCGUUAAAUUGAAUAUGAAUUUAUUCGAGGUCACAGCUCAACUCAAUUCUUCAGAAAAUAAGACCGUUACUAUCCUAUAAAAUAUAUAUGUUUAUGUGAAAUUAUCUGCUUUACAUCUAACUUUCUUUUUAGAUGUUUACUCUGUAAUAUAAGGUUUUAUUGACCAAACUGUAUGUGUGUUGAAUUUUUUGUCAUAUAACAAUAAUAUUUAUUUUAACAUAAUUCGAAUAGGUUGGACACCUUAGCCUCUGGAGGCUUUCAUUUGAUUUUUCAGUUGAAUAUGUCUGUUAAUUUAUUCCUAAUAUUUUUAUUCAAUCCUCAUUGUAUUCAGAGUAAAAAUCUAAACCCUUUAUUGUCGAAUGGUUUGUUUUAUAUAAAAAAGCAAUAUAACCAACUGCAAUUUACAGUUAUAUACUUUUUCACUGUUUCCGUUUUCUUAAUAAAAUGUUAAAAAUUAUAUUUAUGUGUCUCAGUUCAUCUCUUACGUUAGUUAAAUGAAAAAAAAUAAGUUUGAUGUAAUAUUUUAUUUUUAAAGUAACAUGAUACAGAUGUUAUGGCUUUGUAUUCAAUAUUCUAUUAUAAUAAAAAUAUUAACAGAUAUCUUACAUCCACCUGAAAAUGUACAAUUUGUUAUAGAUCUUACUAAAUAUCUCUAGACCGUUCAAGCCGAUAUCAAAAGCACCCAAUUGUCCAGACGGAUCUAUCUCAGGUUGUGUGGGAUUUUAAUAUCAACUUUAUUGUUGGUAUUGAUAAUGCACCUAUAAUACAUACAGACUUACAUUGCGAGAGCCAGGGGCGCCUUACUCCAUACAUUGUACGAGGGAUUGUCAAGAUUAACCAUAAAACAACGCAUGCUCGGCCUGCAACUAUACAGAGAAGCACAACAUUUUGGACGCAAUACCUACUGUGCGUUCAGAGUUAUUUGACUUCUGAGAUAUCCAAAAAUUUGUCUUUUUGGAUGACCAUAUUGAUGAUAACAAUAGAAGAGUUAAAUAACUCUGAACGAUUAAGUUGUCCUUAGUUUAUGGUAAAGUCUGUCAAACGAAAGUUUCAAACAGUUAAAUUUGUUUUACAACAAAAUAGGUGCGUUUACUCUAUAAAUUGUGAUUAUAAAAACGCGUUACUGAAUUCAACAUUAUUUUAUCGUAUAUCUUUAGAUAUUUUUUUUUACAAUGAAGCUAGAAAUAUAAAGCUAUUCAUUUCUUUUAGCAGUCGAGUGUUAUUUUACCUUUUCACUUUCGUUGUUAAUUUGAAUUUUAUACAAAAUUAUUAAAAUCACUAGGUGCAACAAACAAAAUACUCAUUUAGGCCAUCGCAAAACACAAUGAAUAGAAUAUAAAAGUAUGUACAUUUUGUCAAUAAAAUUAAAAAUAUAAAUAAGGGUACAUACAGAUAUUAUUACAAAAUGGAAUGAACGUCAAACGAGAUGCUCUUACUAGUAAACCGAGGUCAUAGUGGCCUGCGAUAAUGAUGAGUAGAUUGUUAAAAAUUGCUAUAGAGACUCCAAUAGCUUAGUUGUUUAUUGUAAUUACACUAUGUAAAUUAACUAUUAAUAUUACACAAACACAAGGCACCAUAUUAUUCACAAAACAGGAUAUUACAUAAGGUAGGUCGUAUCAUUUAGAAAUGUUAUGUUAGUUGUUAUACUUGGAAGCGCUAAGGCAUUUAAGAAAUACCAAAUAUUUCUACAUAUUGCUCUUUGCUGGUAAAUCAGUUGGCUAUUUUGUCAAUGCAACUUCACGAGAUUCAAAUUAAGUAUCAAACAGGAGAAUCGGAGCUAAAAUAUUAGGAAGCGGUUUUUAUUACUUGCAAUCAAUAGUAUAGGUGCCAGAUAUAUCUCAAGAGGUAAACUAGCCAGUACAAAAGAACGGCAAAAUGAAUCUCUGGGGAAAAUAUAAUCAUAGAAGCACAAACUUGCUAAAUUUGGAAAGAUCUCAAAGCAGCCGAAAAUGCCAUCGAACAUUAAUCGUUAAUAUCCAGCCGGCCCAUAACAACACACAAAAACUCUAAGCGACAACAAGAUACCGUAAUUACAAU